AUGAAUCUCUCGGACUUGGCUAGCUACUUUGAACAGACGGCUACUCGGAUGCCUGCCAUGCCUUCUUCGCCGCAGUCAAACUUGGCGCUGCUUUCGAUCAGACAGGCUCCGCCAGCCGAAAGAAGCACCAGCUUCGACAUCUAUCCGCUCCAGCUCAAGCAAGAAGAAAGCGACAGUGGCAGCUACAACGCCACUCCCUUGGACACCUCGAUCGCAGCUUUGUGGAGGCACUUGCCACCUUCCUAUCGCUCCACCGAGGCAUUCAGCAGUGGCUCCGACUCGAGCUACUCGAGCUACUAUCCGAGCCAGACCGUUUCAUCGCAGUCAUCCUCCUCCACGCUACCCUCUACUGUGCCGACCAGCGAGCCCACUCCGAAUGCAGCGGAAACUAUACUCGACAUUUGGCAGCCUGCAAGCGCUCCAUGUCAGCCCGCUCAUCUUGAGUACACUCCUGGCUUUCCUAACUCGUUCACUCCCAUGCCUUCUCCCAGUGUCAAGCCUGUGAGGACGAUGGAAGUCCGUCAGUCAAUGCAAAGGGACCAUGAACCACUCAAGAAGAUCGAAGAGAGCAUCCAUUGCUUCUGGCUCGUCUCGGAGAAUCGCAUGAAACAGAUGCAAGACGAGCUCACGGGCAUAGCAACUCGCCUCAAGGCUUCAGAGAGCGAGCAAAACAAGAUGAGCGAGAACAUGGCACAGGUGAUGCCUCUUCAAGUUCAGAUGACAGAGAAGGCGAUCGAGGCAGUCAAUGAAAGAAAGCUCAUCUUCAGCCGCAUCGAGGCACUCGAACAGUCUACCGAGACGUGGCAGAAGCAAAUGAACAAGACGCUUCAGGAGAUGCACUCCGAAUUUCGUGCAGGGAUAGAGACCAUGCUGGAGCUGGCACCUAAGGGCCGCAAAGCACCCAUUCCCAAGCCCCUGGCUGAAGCAGCUUCCACAGCAUCAACGUCAGCUCCAGCAUCCGCACCAGCAUCCGCACCAGCAUCCGCACCAGCAUCCGCACCAGCAUCCGCACCAGCAGCGGGAGCAGCCAAGACCAACAAUAAGAGAGCAAGUCCGCAAAGCAAGAAGUCGGCUGGCAACGUCAAAAAGUCCAAGAUGCAGAGCAAGGAUGAGACUGAAGGCAAAGAUGCUGCCGUGCCAACAGUUAGCACUCCUGCGAACACGGCGCUGGCAAAGGCAGAAGACGCCAACCCAGCGCUGUCUGCUCGACCUCAGCGACUUUCAGUCAAGCCGCCGCGUGGUCCAUAUGACUUGAUGCAUUCCCAACCUCAGCUUCGAUCCUCGACGCCAAACAUGCACGAUUACCAACGAAGCUACAGCUCGCUCGUUAUGGCGAUCAGGCCUCAGCGUGGCCAUGCGCAGGCCUGA